AUGCUUCUGGCGCGCUACCACACGCCACGAGAUCCAAAAGGCAAGCCCCUUACAAAAGAGGAGUCGAAGUUUUUUCUGGACCUUAUAGAAGGCAGCAAAAUAAUUUCUUCAAAAACCACAAACGCCUACAACAAUAAAAUGAAAACCGAAGAGUGGGUGAGAUUAACCGAGAGGUUUAAUUCCUCUGCCUCAAAUAGCCCAAGAACACCGCAGCAGCUACGUUUAAAAUGGGAGAAUCUGAAAAAGGAUUCACGCAAACGUAGCACUAAAAUAAGGAUGAACCAAAUUAAGACUGGUGGUGGUCCUGCUGAUUAUAUACCCUCAGAUGAUAUAUUGGACAGAGUAUCUGGUAUGCUCGGGAGUACGGGCAGUGGGUUCACUGUCCCAUUUGGGGGUGACAAAGAAACAGGGGUGUAUACUCGUGGCACGAUGGUGAUGGCGGAAACAGUUGUGAUGGCAGUAUUGGUGACAACACAACACUAUCAGUGGAACUGGAUUCAAGCCUCGAUAGCUCAACGGUUGAGGAGCGGACUGAAUUCGACGUGGUGA